GUCUGUAGCCUAAACUUCAAAAGCCCGCCCCUGGGUGGGGCGGGGGUGAGGAAACGAGGUCUAGUCGUGCGCCUGCGUACUGAGGUCGGACGGCAGAGGUCUCGCGGCGACCCCUCGCAAGCUCUGCAAACCGCGCGAGAUUUCCUCCCGAGCUCCUCGGUGGUGAGUGAAACGCGGGGCUCCGCCGGCAGGACCUAUUAGGGCUGGGGAGCCCGAGGCUGGGUCGGGUCCUUCAGGAGUUAUUUUAUACAGAAGUCUUGUGAGACCACUGUGCAAACAAGGUGAUGAUUGUACAAAGAGUGGUAUUGAAUUCCCGACCUGGCGGACUCUCGACCACUGCACCACCAGGGAAGUCCCAAUAUUCAUUUUUUUAAAUGAUAACUUAUCAAGGCCACUUGUUGAGGAAAUAAGGAAAAAAUGGUAAUCCAGUGGCGGAAAAUUUCCGAGUAGAAGAAGUAAACUUACCAGAUAAUAUCAAUGAAGGACAAGUACAAGUCAGAACUCUUUACCUUUCUGUGGAUCCUUACAUGCGUUGUAGAAUGAAUGAAGACACUGGCAGUGACUAUAUAUCACCUUGGCAGCUGUCUCAGGUGGUUGAUGGUGGAGGUAUUGGGAUUAUAGAAGAAAGCAAACACACAAAUUUUACUAAAGGCGAUUUUGUGACUUCUUUCUAUUGGCCCUGGCAAACCAAGGUUAUUCUAGAUGGAAAUAUCCUUGAAAAGGUAGACCCACAGCUUGUGGAUGGACACCUUUCAUACUUUCUUGGAGCUAUAGGGAUGCCUGGUUUGACUUCCUUGAUUGGGAUACAGGAAAAUGGUCAUAUAACUGCUGGAUCUAAUCAGACAAUGGUUGUUAGUGGGGCUGCUGGUGCUUGUGGAUCCUUAGCUGGGCAGAUUGGCCAUUUGAUGGGCUGUUCCAGAGUUGUGGGAAUUUGUGGAACACCUGAGAAGUGCCUCCUUUUGACCUCAGAACUGGGCUUUGAUGCUGCAAUUAAUUAUAAAGAGGGGAGUGUGGCAGAACAACUCCGUGAAUUAUGCCCCUCUGGAGUGGAUGUUUACUUUGACAAUGUUGGCGGUGACAUCAGCGAUACAGUGAUAAGUCAGAUGAAUCAGGACAGCCACAUCAUCCUAUGUGGUCAAAUUUCUCAGUACAACAAAGAUGUGCCUUAUCCUCCUCCACUACCCUCUGCUGUAGAAGCAAUCCGGAAAGAAAGAAACAUCACAAGAGAAAGAUUUCUGGUGUUAAAUUUUAAGGACAAAUUUGAGUCUGGCAUUCUCCAGCUGAGUCAGUGGUUUAAAGAAGGAAAGCUAAAGAUUAAAGAGACUAUGAUAAAUGGAUUGGAAAACAUGGGAGCUGCAUUCCAGUCCAUGAUGACAGGAGGUAACAUCGGAAAGCAGAUAGUUUGCAUUUCAGAAGAAACCUCUUUGUUAUCUCUAUAAACAUCUUCAUUAUGAAAUACAUGGAUUGCUUUCCGUUUUGCACAAAGAUUUCAAGAUACAUUAAAAAAAACCCUUAAGAGUACAGAUAGCUUUUGAUUUAAAUGUGAUCAUAGGUGAUAUUUUCUUAGCUGCAUAAUUCUUUCCUAUAUCUUCAAUAUCGUAUAUGUAUUCUUCAUCCAAUAUGAUUAUUUACAAUAAUAGAUUGAAGUCAACAUGACCUAUUUUUCCUUCUUUUGCUAAAACUAAUAUUACAUGAAAUUUAUAUCAGAUAUUCUGAAACCACUGGAGAUUUGAUGUAACUGUUUAAUCAUACAAAAUAUUUUUUAAAUUAAUAACUUUUAUUAACUUCAUAAGUUGUAUUUAAAAUAGAAUACUUGAGAAGGCACUUAGUAAAUAUUGAACUGGACAUGCUUUACGUAAUUCUUGAACUGAAGCUUGAAGAAUAAAUUGGGAUGGUCUUUCCAUAUUAUAGAUGGAAGAGGGACUUAAUUGCAGGGUCUGUGUGUGUGUAGGGGUUUGGGGGAAUUCAGAGCUUGUGGAACAGUUUUUGGGGUAGGAGAGCAGAGGCUUUGUGUUGGGAGUAGUAUGAGAAGUUAAAUAACUGAGGUUGGUUAGGUUGAUGGAGGGACUAGAUUUACUACAGAAGACAUGUGUUUUGCCAAGUAGUUCACAGUAUAGCCUAAAAACUCAUAUAUAUUGAUAAAAGCCUAUGUUUAUUUUAGGUUAGCAGGCACAUACUGUCAAAUAGUUACAGAGAUUUCGAGGGCAAAUAGAUAUAGACAUCAAUUCAAGUUUUAAGUGAUGAAAAAGAUUUAAACAACAAAUACAGCUUCAGAAAAUGACAGGACUGAGCAAAGUAACAAAUGGUCAUAAACAUGGCUGUUCAAGACCUAUUAAUGUACCUCUAAAUAAGAGCAUUUGUUUUAUUAAUUGUAAUCAACCCUUUAAUACAGUAAAAUUGAGGAUAUUUUCUGAGUGUUGUGCUGGCUUAUGGUCAGCUGUUUACAAAUUGCAAUAUACUUUUGUGUAGAUUC